ACAGGCGUUUGUCCGCUCUGGUCGCAAAUCCUAGCUGAGAGGACUGAGCGGGGCGCUGGCGGCUGUGCUUCCUGCGCCAGGAGCGAGGUGUGAUCAGAAUUGCAAAAGAUGCCGGCAUCAGCUACCAUGUAUGAAAGAAUAGUUUACAAAAAUUCCUCAGAGUACCACUACAUGAAAGUCUGCCUAGAAUUUCAAGAUCAUGGAGUUGAACUAAGUGCAGCACAGUUCAAACAACUGCUUGUUUCUGCUCUGAAGGACCUGUUUGGGGAGGUUGGUGCUGCUUUGCCCGUGGACGUCCUGACCUAUGAAGAGAAGACCUCAUCAGCGAUCCUGAGAGUAUGCAGCAGUGGAAUGGUCAGAUUGUGGAGCUCUUUGACCCUGCUAGGAUCCUAUAAAGGCAAAAAAUGUGCUUUCAGAGUGAUUCAGGUUUCUCCCUUUCUCCUUGCAUUAUCCGGUAAUAGUAGGGAACUAGUGUUGAAUUGAAUAGUCUUUAAUUUUAGAAACUUU